GUGAGGAGAUGGGAGGUUGUAUAAAACAGGUGAUGGUGCUUCUUCAGAACCCAGUGGUAAGAUCCAUGUCUGUCCCAUGUGAAACCCUGCGCUUUAAUUGGAUAGCCAAGUACCUCCAUGCCACAUCGCUAUCAAACUGAUUGAUUACAAGACUGGUAUGCGGUGCUGUCUUGUGGGUUAUCCCCGGGACCCUGUGUGAAUUUUGAAGUUUGUGACUUUUGUGUUCAGUGCCUUUUGCCACCCCCCACCGGAUGUGAAAUUUGAUUCAAGUGUGGGAUUCAAACCCUCAGAGGGGGAGGGGGCCCUGUGUCACCCGGUUGGGGUGAGCCGACUCCAGAUGUCCGAGAUGUAGGAAAAAAAAACGAAGUAUAGAUCUGCUCCAGAAAACGUCGCAGCUCGGUGGGAAAUGAAAGCAGGAGGGCGUGAGUGGGUUCCAGGAGGAGGCUCGGACUGGAGGGAGGGCAGGGAGUCACGUUUCAGACUUGCCCCUAGGUCACACACUCCCCGUGCAUGUCAGCAGGGCAGGAGGGGGGUGUGGGGUCGCUCUGUGACCCAGCCUGCAGGCCAAGAACGGUCUCUGGGGGAGGCUGGGGGAGUGGGCGAUAGAGGGGAGGAGGAGGACAGACAGACCAGCCAGAACAGAACUAAUCCGCAACCCACAGCUCUGUCGAACUGCAAAAAGGAAUUCUCUGCCUCCUUCUUUAAGAAGCAGAAAUUAUGCCAUUUCUGCUGAUACUGUUACUACUCGUGGAAAAGCAAAUAUAUAAAUAGCUUGAUACUAAUAAUAUGGGAGCGUGGUGUUUGGUGCCUCCGCUUCACAGAUCUUACGUCCUCGGAAACAUUCUGUGUGGAGUCUGUAUGCUCUCGAUCAUGCGUUGCUUUCCUCCAAGCGCAGUGGUUUCCUCCCACCUUCCAAAGACAUGCUCGCUAAAUUAAUUGGCAUCUCUGAAAUGUCCCUGUGUGUGUGGCUGCCCUGUGGUGGACUGGAGUCCCGGGCAGGAUGUCCCGGCCUUGUGCCAGGACGCAAGUGUCUUAUGCCCUGUAUGACUCUAGCUUUCUGGUUAUACAAAGCUGAGAAAAUGCCAAAUGGGCAGUUAUUUCUUCCCAGACCCCUGAGGAGCGCCGCCCUCUUUCAACACGUGAGACGCGGCGUGCCACGCUCUGCGGUCUCACAGCUCUGCUUCUCUCGUGUCCCCCAGCGAGUAUUCUGCACCGCGUCGCGCGCCGGAGGGGUGAAGAUGGAGGUGCCGUCCUACCAGGCCAAGCUGCUGUGCGAGCUGAACGAGCAGCGCAAGAGGGACUUCUUCUGCGACUGCAGCGUCAUAGUGGAGGGACGGCUCUUCAAGGCGCACAGGAAUGUCCUGUUUGCCAGCAGUGGCUACUUCCGGGCCCUGCUGGUGCACUACCUGCAGGACAGCGGCCAGCGGCACAGCACCGCCUCGCUCGACAUCGUCACCUCGGAGGCCUUCUCCCUCAUCCUCGACUUCCUCUACUCCGGCCGGCUGGACCUGCGCAGCGACAACGUCAUCGAGGUCAUGUCGGCGGCCAGCUACCUGCAGAUGACCGACGUGGUCAACUUCUGCAAGGCCUACAUCCGCUCCUCGCUGGAGAUCUGCAACCGGGAGCGGGAGAGGGAGAGGGAGCGGGAGAGGGAGAGGGAGCGCGAGGACCAGGCAGACAGCGGCUCUCCAGCCGGGGCUGCCGCGGCCUCCACCUCGCUCGGAGACUGCACCCACUCCAGCCCGGAUGAGCCCAGUUCCCAGGCCCUCCCAGGCCCUCUGCCUGCCCCUGUCCCCCACAGCAGGGACUCGGAGAGCGAGAGCUCCAGGGGGGAGUUCCCGAGCUUCCAUCCUGUCGACCUGGCACUCAAGGCACCCCCGGCCGGCAAGGUCAACUCCUCUUCCAGCUACCUCCUGGGCUUGGUGCACCCCAAGACGGAGUUUGACCCUGACGAGGAAGGAGAGGGCCCGACGGGAGGGAAGUACACGCCUUUGUUCCACGCCCCUCCCGCCGAUGAUGACCGGCCCCACCCCUCCUCUCAGCCAGCCGGCAGCGAGUCCUCCCCUCUGCCCUACGACAACUACCACAUGAAGCAGUUUCUGGAGGUGCUGCUGAGAGGGGGGUCCAACCCCAGGCGGGAGGAGCUGGUGCAGCACUUUGCCCAGAGCCUGGGAGGGGGUGUGGGUGUUGGCCGAGGGGCCACAGAGGAAAGCCUGGGCCUGGGCACGCCUUCCAUCAUGGAGAUCCACAGUGACUGGUACGGAGACGACACAGGAUAUGGCCUCGUGGUUCCUGUGAAGCUGCACAAGUGCCCGUUCUGCCCCUACACCGCCAAGCAGAAGGGUAUCCUGAAGAGGCACAUCCGCUGCCACACGGGAGAGAGGCCGUACCCCUGCGAGACCUGCGGCAAGCGCUUCACACGCCAGGAGCACCUGCGCAGCCACGCGCUCAGUGUGGCGCUACGCGACAGGGUAGGAUGUGAUUGGUUUACCUGUCUGCAGGUGCACCGCUCAAACUGGCCCAUCGUGUGCAAGGGCUGCCGGCGCACUUUCACGGGCGUGAUCUCCCACGGCCUGAAGCGCUUCGGGCUCUGCGACGGCUGCACCUGCGUCACCACCACCCACGAGGACGCCGCCCCCAUCAACCUCAGCAGCCAAUCGGAGGGCCCCGAGCGCAGCGACGGCGACGGCGACUGGCCCAUCUACAUGGAGGAGGCCGAGGAGGGGGAGCCCGGGGGCGGGGAGGACCUGGACGACAAGCACGAGCUCCACAGGCAGCUGUCGGAGAGCGAGGGGCUGAUGUAGCGAGGGGAGGACCGGCUCCCUCCGCCUCGCUCUCGCUGCGGGCCUGUCCCCGUGGGGAGUGGGCUGUGGCGAGACAGAGAGAAGGUCGGGGUGCUCGUGCGGCAGCGCGUUGCGAUCCCAGAUUGCUCCCGCUGUAAGGAUUGGAUCCACGGCUCCACACGCCUUGGUGAGGAAUCAGGGCUGCUAGCGCGCGGGGGUGACUGGGCACUGAAGUGGCGCUCUUGGCCCCCAGAACGAGAGCAGCUGUGUGAAACAAAGGCCUGAGCUUCCCUCUCUCACUCCCGUUUCUUGUAGCUGCUAGGAUGAGCUUGGAGAAGAUGAUAACUUCAGGGUUGCAGUCGAGGCCUCGUGCCUCUGACUGGAAUCUGCGCUCCAGCAGAGGUUUUGCUCCUCCAACAUCACGAAACGUCCACCCAGGAGAGGGAGCUGGAGCCUGUUCCAGCACGCAGAGGGCGCAAGGACACACCCUGGGCGGGAUGCCAGCCCAUCGAAGGGCACACUGACACACACACACACACACACACACACCAGGGCCAAUUUUCUCAGAUGCCAGUGAACUUCCCUACUGUGGGAGGGAACCCACACAGACAUUGGGAGACCAUACAAACCCCAUCCACUCCACAGCAUCCCUGGUCCAGUAUUGAACCCAGGACCACUGGGCCGCCGUGUUGCCCCACAUCACAAGACAGCUUCCAUGAAUGACCUGUUUGGGUGUUGAGUGAAAGUGGACAGCAGGGUGGUCUAAGGUGAGGUCCCGUCCUGUCCGCUCCGCUGCAGAGGUUUAAUACAGCCAGCAUUACUGUUCUACUGCUGAUUAACGGUGAAAUAAUGCAGGGCUGGGAUGCUGCCGCCGGUGGUUGGCUCUGCUGUGUUUGGGAGAAGGCGGGCAGGUCCUGCCCAGCUCUGUUUCCGUCGCUCCUCUGCAACUUUAAGCAGCUCGGCGGGUUCUGUCCCCUUUAACUCUCUGUGAAGCCCGGCUCUUCCUGCUGCCGCGUGCUGGGUAGGGCCGACUUGUGGACCAUGCCCUUACUGUACGCUGCGGGUGUGCAGUGGGUACUGAACUUUCUCUUAACCUGCUCAGAGGAUUUUGUGGGAUUCUGUGUGCCGAAGUUAACUUGUGUAACCACGCGAUGACGUCGCGAAAGCGUCUGCACCGGUAGAGAAAAAUAAAGUGGAAACAAAAACGUGUUUUGUGAAAUAUUAAAAUUACAGUGGACAAAUGCCAAAGCUAUCUUUUGUGUUGGUUUACUUAUGAACAUUGUCAAGACAGAGUAAAAGUGAUAGUCGAAAUAUAGUUACAAUAAGAUUGUAGCCUUAACUGUGGAGAAUGCUUGCCUUUAGUCUAUACAAUGUAAAACAUUUACAUUAUUGAAGGUGUUACAUUAACCUUAAGUAAACAACAAAUAUUUUGUAUGGUACUUAUUUAUAUUGUCUCGUUUUGCAAGCUAUAUAUUUUGUAUUACCGUUCUUUGUAAAUACUUCCAGCGGCGUUGGAAGUGAGGUUCAGUGCUGUGUUUGUGAAAUAAAAUCUAUUCCAGUGA